ACGGAGAGGGCGACGUGACGGAGCAGGUUCUCCCAUGUGAUACGGCUGCCUGACGGACUGUGCCCGUGUGUUAUGGCUCCUCCUGCUCCAGCGGAACGGGGCUAGACGCAACACCAGUGCAGGGGAACGGGAAUAACACACGGCGCUGCGUCUCCUUCCCCCUCCACGGGCCACGGCGAAACAUGGCAAAUCGCGCAACGCUGAAGAAAAAGACAUAGAUGAUGCACGUGGCGUCGCCUCUGCUGCUGUGAAGGCUUCGACGUUUCGUCAGAGAUUAACAACACCCCAAAUGAACUCCGUCAGAGCCAGCAACGUUAGCAGAAGACCUAGGCGAGUAUCGAGGCCGCGCCCGGUGCAGCCGGAGAGGAACCACCAGGAAAGAGAUGAGGACGUUCAUGCAGAUAUGGUUGCAGAAGAAUCCGGUCCAGGAGCUCAGAAUAGUCCCUACCAACUUAGAAGAAAGUCUCUGCCUAAGAGAACAGUGUGUCCGACAAAGACAAACAUGGAGGGUGCUUCCACUUCAACCACUGAGAACUUUGGACAUCGACCUAAGCGCCCCAGAGUUUCCGGAAAGUGUCAAGAUUUAGCAGCAGCUCCAGCAGAGCAGUAUCUGCAGGAAAAACUCCCAGAUGAGGUGGUCCUGAAGAUCUUCUCGUACCUGUUGGAGCAGGACUUGUGCCGUGCAGCAUGUGUAUGCAAGCGCUUCAGUGAGCUGGCCAAUGACCCCAUUCUUUGGAAGAGGCUGUACAUGGAAGUUUUUGAAUACACUCGACCAAUGAUGCAUCCAGAGGCUGGAAAGUUCUACCAGAUUAACCCAGAAGAAUAUGAACAGCCAAACCCGUGGAAGGAAAGUUUUCAGCAGCUGUAUAAAGGAGCUCAUGUUAAACCCGGCUUUGCAGAACAUUUCUACAGUAAUCCUGCCAGAUACAAAGGGAGAGAUAACAUGUUUUACUAUGACACCAUUGAGGAUGCUCUCGGAGGGGGGCAGGAGCCUCACUUUGACGGUUUGAUAUUCGUCCAUUCUGGUAUUUACACAGAUGAAUGGAUCUACAUCGAGUCACCCAUCACGAUGAUUGGAGCUGCUCCAGGAAAAGUAGCGGAGAAAGUCAUCAUUGAAAAUACCAGAGACUCGACCUUUGUAUUUAUGGAAGGUUCAGAGGAUGCUUACGUUGGAUAUAUGACAAUAAGGUUCAAUCCCGAUGAUAAAUCUGCCCAGCACCACAAUGCACACCACUGCUUAGAGAUUACAGUCAACUGCAGCCCCAUUAUUGACCACUGCAUCAUACGCAGCACAUGCACAGUGGGAUCAGCUGUCUGUGUCAGUGGACAGGGUGCUUGUCCCACAAUCAAGCACUGCAAUAUUAGCGACUGUGAAAACGUUGGUCUGUACAUCACUGACCAUGCACAGGGAAUAUAUGAAGACAAUGAGAUCUCGAACAAUGCUCUCGCUGGAAUCUGGGUGAAAAACCAUGGAAACCCAAUAAUAAGACGGAAUCACAUCCACCAUGGCAGAGAUGUGGGUGUUUUUACAUUUGACCAUGGCAUGGGUUACUUUGAGAGCUGUAACAUCCACAGGAACCGUAUAGCGGGCUUUGAGGUAAAGGCGUACGCCAAUCCAACAGUGGUGCGAUGUGAGAUCCAUCAUGGGCAGACUGGGGGCAUCUACGUGCAUGAAAAGGGACGCGGUCAGUUCAUUGAAAACAAGAUCUAUGCAAACAACUUUGCUGGUGUAUGGAUCACUUCAAACAGUGACCCCACUAUAAGGGGCAAUGCCAUUUUUAAUGGGAACCAAGGUGGAGUUUACAUUUUUGGUGACGGUCGAGGCCUCAUUGAAGGAAAUGACAUCUACGGAAACGCCCUGGCAGGAAUCCAGAUAAGGACAAACAGCUGCCCUAUUGUCAGGCAUAACAAGAUCCAUGACGGCCAGCAUGGAGGCAUAUACGUGCAUGAAAAAGGACAAGGUGUCAUAGAGGAGAAUGAGGUGUACAGCAACACUCUGGCAGGAGUAUGGGUUACAACAGGAAGUACUCCAGUCCUGAGGAGGAACAGGAUACACAGCGGAAAGCAGGUUGGGGUCUACUUCUAUGACAAUGGCCACGGUGUGUUGGAAGAUAACGACAUCUACAAUCACAUGUACUCUGGAGUUCAAAUUAGGACGGGCAGCAAUCCCAAGAUCAGACGCAACAAAAUCUGGGGAGGCCAAAAUGGAGGCAUUUUGGUGUACAACUCCGGCUUGGGUUUUAUUGAGGACAAUGAAAUCUUUGACAAUGCCAUGGCAGGCGUGUGGAUCAAGACCGACAGCAACCCCACUCUACGGAGGAAUAAGAUCCAUGAUGGAAGAGAUGGUGGGAUCUGUAUAUUCAAUGGGGGAAGAGGUUUGUUAGAGGAAAAUGAUAUCUUCAGAAACGCCCAAGCAGGAGUCCUCAUCAGCACCAACAGCCACCCUGUUCUUCGGAAAAACAGGAUAUUUGAUGGUUUUGCUGCAGGUAUCGAGAUCACCAAUCAUGCCACAGCGACACUAGAGGGCAAUCAGAUCUUCAACAACCGCUUUGGUGGAUUGUUUCUUGCAUCUGGUGUCAAUGUUACAAUGAAAGAUAAUAAAAUAAUGAACAAUCAAGAUGCCAUUGAAAAAGCUGUGAGCAGAGGUCAGUGCCUGUACAAGAUUUCAAGUUACACCAGCUACCCAAUGCACGAUUUUUACAGGUGUCACACCUGUAAUACAACAGACCGCAACGCCAUCUGUGUGAACUGCAUUAAGAAGUGUCACCAAGGACAUGAUGUGGAGUUCAUCAGACAUGAUAGGUUCUUCUGUGACUGUGGCGCAGGGACGCUGUCAAAUCCUUGCACGUUAGCUGGAGAGCCGACUCACGACACAGACACCCUGUACGACUCAGCUCCUCCUAUAGAAUCCAAUACACUGCAGCACAACUGAGCCCACAGUCCUCUUUUUGUCAGCAGUAAUGGACAUAAGACACUUUAAAGUUGUGCAAUGGAGGAGGAAAUCCUAAAAUAUGGAUUUUAUUUUGGCAGAGCAUAUAAAGUGACGUUUCAAAAAGACUUGGAUACAAAUAGGCUAAAAUGAGACAUUUUAGAAAAAAAAGUCUGACUACGGAUGCCUCCUUUUUUCAUUUUCUUCUGUUUGAUAAAAAAAAAAAAAAAGUGACCUCAGUGGGACAGAGCAGAAGAGCAGCUGACUCAGGGUUUGUGGGUGUGUUAGUUUGGUCAAAUAAAUGAGACGGACAAAAGCUGCCAAGGCUCAUCUGCUUUGAAGAAGUGGAGGAACCAGAUACUGCAGUCCUUCCUGUACAGCCACAUUGCAACCAGAAGCUCAGCCAGAAGAGGCACAACUUUUUUUUUUCCUUGUGGAGGCAAAGGCCCCAAAUACAACAUGCUUCCAUCACUGGGCAACCGACGUCGUCUUAUGACACGUAUGGGGAAAAUUGACCUAGCACUUCAGCUUUUUUGUCCUCCCCUCAAGACAACUGAGAUUUGAUUUUAAUGCUUUGUGUAGUUUUGUAUUUUCAUGCAAAAUCUUACUGUACUUGAAUGUCUUUAUUUUAUUAAAUGUGUUAAAUUUUUUUUUGGUUAUUAUACCCUAGAAUUGCUGUAUUAUACUCAUGUCGCAGUAUCUAACUUCUUUCUGUGAAAGAGAUCAGAGGAAAACACUAAACAUUUUCUCCAGCAAUGUUGACUCGUCUACAUUUGCAAUACAGAAAACUGAUGCUCAAGUGAGCUCUCACAAGACUUGCUGACUUCUUUAGAAUUGUGUCAAAUGUUUCUUUAAUCUAUGCAUAUUUCCUGUUUGUUAUGCCAAGACCAUUACUCCUGCAGGAAGUCUAAUUAGCAUGGUUAUGGGACAAAACUGCUGUGAUGUAUUUUUUUUUUUUUUAAAUAAAGACACAGCCCCAUCUUUGCUCACUUCUAAAUUGAACACAUGGUUGGGGUCCAAGUUUUUUAUGCUAUGAAAUCAUAAUUUGAUUUGUAGUAGCUUUAUACAAACAUUUAGCCCUGUAUUAGAAUAAAUGAAUUAUUAAUUAAUUCUUUAGACAUUAAAUUUCUCUUACUAGUCCGGGCCAAGAACAAGUCCUGUGAAAGUGCACACAAUUCUAAUCUGUUUCUUCUCUUAUUUGCCAAUGUUGCUGGAGAAUUUAGGCUUUUACUCUACCUAAGUUGAGACAAGUAUCUACAUACAGCACUAUAUGGUUUCAUUGCCCUCCCCCUCAUUCAUGUGUAUUGGUGAUUGUGGGUUCUCAUACAGACUGAAAUGUAUGCAUGUAUCAUAACAUCUAGACUUAAUAUAUUGUGAAGUAUUCAAUAACCGUUGUGUAGGCGCUAGCGUGAAUUAAAAGGGUUUAAUUUCCUAGAUGAAACAUUGUCAUUUUUUAAAAAUAAACUUUAUUAGAUCA